AUCUUAUAAACUGCAGAAGUUUCCUUCAAGAUUUCUUAGGGAAAUGGAUAUAUUUGAAACUCGAUAUUUCAAGAUUAACAAAUUAGCACUUUCAUUUAUUGGACAAUGGUGUUACCAGGGAGGCUUAACAAAACGAACAGCACGAACUUUAAUUUUCUUAUCACUUACGACUCCUUUAAUUCCUCAGUUUUUUUUCUUGGCUUCGGUUCGCAACGAUCUUGAUGCAGCACUCGAGUGCCUUCCAGCUAUUUUCAUUCCAAUCCUCUGCUUCUGCCAAAUGUGCGUUUUUCUUUCCAAGGAGAAAAAACUCCUGAAACUUCUCCACUAUAUCCAAAGCGACUGGAAAUUCUGGUCAUCAGGCCCUGAAUUUGAAAUUUUGAGUCAACACGCGGAGAAAGGAAGAUUCUUUACGCUCUUGUAUGCUGUAAACGUAUAUACUGGAAUGAUGACAUUUAUAAUAAUGUCACUUACACCGAUAGUUCUUGAUAUAAUCAUUCCCUUAAAUGAAACUCGUCCCAGACAGCAGGUUUAUGAUGCAAUUUACCCUUUCAAUCAUGAUAAAAAUUUCCACUGGAUUUUAAUCUACGGCGCCGUUACUGUAUUUUAUAAUCUUUCGAUUUUAUUUAGCUGUGAAGCAUUGCUGGCAGUAACUACUCAACACGUGUGUGGAAUAUUUUCAAUAAUUUGUUACAGGUUGCAAAAUACAAUGGAACUUAUCGAAAGCAAACAAAAAAUUCAAGGAAAAAUACCAAAAGAUGAAAUUUAUAAGGAAAUGUCUUUAGCCGUAGAAUGUCAUAACAAUGCGCUUGAGUAUGCUAGUAUUCUGGAAGCAUUUUAUUCUCCGUUUCUUUUCGUCACAAUAGGAAUAAAUGUCAUAAUUUUGAGCGUUUUAGGAAUACAGACACUGAAUACAAUUGGCAGUCCAGAAAAAACGAUUAAAUUUGGAGCUUUCACUCUAUCCGUUUUAGUACAUUUCUACUGUAUUACUUUACCCCCUCAGAAUUUAUUGGAUUGCAGUGGUGCUGUAUCGUUUCAGGCAUACAAUGUACCCUGGUAUCACAUGUCUUUGAAAUCAAAAAAGUUACUGUUGAUGAUAAUCAUGCGAAGCCAAGAGCCAUGUAAAUUGACAGCAGGGAAGUUCUAUACCAUGGAUAUGGAAACUUUUUCUGCACUGCUGAAAACUUCGGUUUCGUUUUUCACUGUCCUGUCCUCGAUGCGGUAAUGAUCAGAUGAUGAUGUUGACAAUGAUUAUAUAAGUUCUUCUG